GCAAAUAAAACACCGGUAAACGAUUUAACAUGUUGCCGAUUUUCAGGCAAUUUUAUUUAGUCGGCUGGCGUAGAAACAUGGAGAUGAAAUUGACAAAAUGGUAGAUUUUUCCUGACCCUCUGACUUCAUAGCUGGCUACCCUUGUAUUGUUUUUUACAAACCUAACUAGCCAUAUUUGUUAUGUCAGUGCACUGGAGAGUCUAAUGUUCAUUGCAGUGCGUAUUUCAAAGUAUUUCUAAUAAAGAUGAUUCAUAGCCUUUUCCUGAUAAACAAUUCUGGGGAUAUCUUUCUGGAGAAGCAUUGGAAGAGUGUUGUACCUCAGACAAUAUGUGAUUAUUUUUUUGAAGUUCAAAGAAAGGUCUCUGAACCUACAGAUGUUCCUCCAGUCAUUGCAACACCUCAUCAUUAUUUAAUUAGUGUUUAUAGAAGUGACAUAUUUUAUGUUGCUGUUGCACAAAGUGAAGUGCCACCUUUAUUUGUGAUUGAAUUUCUCCAUCGCGUGUGUGAUACGUUUACUGAUUACUUUUCGGAAUGUAACGAACAAGCUAUAAAUGAUCAUAUCGUUGUUGUGUAUGAGUUAUUGGAAGAAAUGCUGGACAACGGGUUUCCAUUGGCAACAGAGAGCAAUAUACUCAAAGAAUUAAUAAAACCUCCCAACAUACUUAAUAGAGUUGUAAAUACUGUGACAGGUGCUUCAAAUGUCAGUAGCGAGCUACCAACUGGAUCGUUAUCAAAUGUUCCAUGGAGACGUUCAGGUGUUAAAUAUCCUAACAAUGAAGUGUAUUUUGACGUUACUGAAGAAAUCGACUGCAUUAUAGAUAAACAGGGUUCAAUAAUCAAUAUCGAAAUUCAAGGCUAUAUUGAUUCUUAUACUCGACUAUCUGGAAUGCCAGAUUUAAGUUUAACUUUUAUGAAUCCACGACUACUAGAUGAUGUUAGUUUCCACCCCUGUGUUCGACUAAAACGAUGGGAGAACGAGAAAGUAUUAUCAUUCAUGCCUCCUGAUGGCCAGUUUAAGCUGUUGACAUAUCAUAUAUCAGGAGGAAUGAUCCAACUUCCAUUGUAUGUGCGACCACAGAUAUCUUUUAUUUCUGGAAGCAGUGGUCGUUUUGAUUUAACAAUUGGUCAAAAAGCAAAUUUAGGAAAAAAUAUAGAAAAGGUUGUUGCAAUUAUACAGAUGCCAAGACAAGUUUUAAAUUGUAAUCUUACUCCUGCAGUUGGUAGUACAUCUUUUGAUCCUGUCAAAAAAAUCUUACGUUGGGAAAUCGGAAAAAUCAACCCGCAGAAAAACUUACCAACGCUAAGAGGAAAUAUAACAUUAGUUACUGGCGCACCGCCCCCUGAGGAUAUGCCAACAAUCACGUUGGAGUUUCGUAUUGGACAGUAUGCUGUAUCUGGAAUAAAAGUAAAUCGAUUAGAUAUAUAUGGAGAGCGCUACAAACCGUUUAAGGGGGUGAAAUACGUCACAAAGGCUGGCAAAUUUCAAGUGAGAACGUAACGCAGAAGUCAACCAAAUUAACAGAAAUUACUUUUUUACUAAAUGUAUAUACGAAAACAAUGAAUUGCCAAUAAACUAGUGAGAGCACUCUUGAUAUUAUAAACUGUGCGAAAAGAGUCCGCCAUGUUUGUGUAAUUUUUGAAUUUCGGAGCGAAUUUUAGCACCUGUUUUUCGCCGUUUACGCUUCUUAUCACGCUCCUUCGCAAAGGUUAUUUUUCAAAUGAAAUCGAAGGAACUGAUGUGAAGAGUUUAAAUUUGUAGGUUAUGAUUUUUUAUUUCUUCUUGCUAUUUCGUUUUUUGUUAUGAUUUAUCAUAGCUUGUGGUUUUGUAAUGCUAGUUUUGUUGGAGUUUAGAUACGAAAUCUAAUUUUAUACCACCUUAAACGCGAAAUGAAAAAUGGCGGAAGAAAAGAAGGCGGAAUUAAUGUUUUCCAAUUUGCCCUGUAUCCGAAACUUAAAUUCCUCAUUUUCUUUCUUAUAUUACCUUAUUUCAGUUUUGUUUGCAAUUUUUCUGUAAGUUCGCCUUAAAAUUCACUUUAGGCAUAUAUAUGCAAAAUAAGCAAAUCAAUACCUCAAUCUUUUAAAAAUAGGCUCCAGAUCCUAUUGGUAAACUUAAUUCUGCAAUCUUCUCUCCCGCAAACAAUUAUUCUUUGGCCAUAAGGCAAACUUUAACUUUUUAUCUUAAAUAAUUUUUCGGAUGUAAUCAUUAUUGUUUUCAAAACGCGAAAAUAAAUAUAACGAAACACCACGAAAAUGCAAGAUUAAAACAAUUAACGAAAAAAUUACUCGACGCGUUCUUUAACUCGCCAAAAUUAAACACGCGUGACAAUAUUAUGAUUCAGACAUGAUCCCUUUAAUUUUGCACUCGUCAUGUUAGUCGCCGCUUGGUUUGGUUGCCUUACUCUCCAAAUUUCUAGUCUUGAUGUCCAGCUUAUUUUUGUAUUAGUAGGAAUUUUACAUUAUGUCCGAUUAACAUUUGGAUAGAUUUUUUCGUUAGGUAAUAAUUUAUCUACACAACCUCUGUGUUGGGAAUUCAAUUUCAUGUAACAGUCUAUAAAACGAAACAAUGUUUUUCUUUGUUUUUC